CUCGCGCCGUGGGGUGAGUGAGCCGACCUGCCUUGCUGCACUGUGAGGAAUUAGCUCGCGGCGUUUGAGGAGACCGGAGUCCAGCCAUGCCUGCGGAGCGGCCCGCGAGCAGCAGCGGGCCCUUGGCUCCAGAAAUGGCUGAGCAAACGGAGCCUGCAGUGAUUACCCCAGCCAUGCUGGAGGAGGAAGAACAGCUCGAGGCUGAGGGACUUGAGAAGGAACGGAAGAUGUUAGAAGAGGCUCGAAAGUCUUGGGACAGAGAGUCCACUGAAAUUCGGUACCGCAGACUGCAGCAUUUGCUUGAAAAAAGCAAUAUCUACUCAAAAUUUUUGUUGACUAAAAUGGAACAACAGCAGUUGGAGGAACAGAAGAAAAAAGAGAAGUUGGAGAAAAAAAAACGGUCAUUAAAAGUUACAGAGGGUAAAAAUUUAAUUGAUGGAAAUGAAGAGAAUACAGUCAUGAAAAAGAAAAGAGGAAGAGAAGAUGAAUCUUAUAAUAUUUCAGAGGUCAUGUCAAAAGAGGAAAUUUUGUCAGUGGCUAAAAAACAUAAGGAUAAUGAGGAUGAAAACUCUUCCACUACUAAUCUUUGUGUAGAAGAUCUUCAGAAAAAUAAGGAUUCAAAUAGUAUGAUUAAAGAUAGAUUGUCUCAAACUGUUAGGCAGAAUUCUAAAUUCUUUUUUGACCCAGUUCGGAAAUGUAACGGACAGCCUGUACCCUUUCAACAACCCAAGCAUUUCACAGGAGGAGUGAUGAGGUGGUACCAAGUAGAAGGCAUGGAAUGGCUUAGGAUGCUUUGGGAAAAUGGAAUUAAUGGCAUUUUAGCAGAUGAAAUGGGUUUGGGGAAGACGGUUCAGUGCAUUGCUACAAUUGCUUUGAUGAUUCAGAGGGGAGUACCUGGACCUUUCCUUGUUUGUGGCCCUUUGUCUACACUUCCUAACUGGAUGGCUGAGUUCAAAAGAUUUACUCCAGAAAUUCCUACUCUGCUGUAUCAUGGAAACCGGCAGGAACGUCGAAAAUUAGUAAAGAAUAUUCACAAAAGACAAGGGACGUUGCAGAUUCAUCCUGUUGUAAUCACAUCAUUUGAAAUAGCUAUGAGAGACCAGAAUGCUUUACAGCAUUGCUAUUGGAAAUACUUAAUAGUAGAUGAAGGACACAGGAUUAAGAAUAUGAAGUGCCGGCUAAUCAGGGAGUUAAAACGGUUCAAUGCUGAUAACAAACUUCUUUUGACUGGUACUCCCUUGCAAAACAAUUUAUCAGAACUUUGGUCAUUGCUAAACUUUUUGUUACCAGAUGUAUUUGAUGACUUGAAAAGCUUUGAGUCUUGGUUUGAUAUCACUAGUCUUUCUGAAACUGCUGAAGAUAUUAUAGCUAAAGAAAGAGAACAGAACGUUUUACACAUGCUGCACCAGAUUUUAACGCCUUUUCUACUGAGAAGACUGAAGUCUGAUGUUGCUCUUGAAGUCCCUCCUAAGCGGGAAGUGGUUGUUUAUGCACCACUUUGCAAUAAACAAGAGAUCUUCUAUACAGCUAUUGUGAACCGCACAAUUGCAAACAUGUUUGGAUCUUGUGAGACGGAAACAGUUGAGUUAAGUCCUACUGGAAGACCAAAACGGCGAAGUAGAAAGUCAAUAAAUUACAGCGAACUAGAUCAGUUUCCUAGUGAAUUAGAAAAACUAAUAAGUCAAAUACAGCCAGAAGUAAAAAGAGAGAGGACUGUUGUGGAAGGUAAUAUCCCUAUAGAAUCUGAAGUUAAUCUGAAGCUGCAGAAUAUAAUGAUGCUACUUCGAAAGUGCUGCAAUCAUCCAUAUAUGAUUGAGUACCCUAUAGACCCUGUCACACAGGAGUUUAAGAUUGAUGAAGAAUUGGUAACAAAUUCUGGGAAGUUCCUAAUUUUGGAUCGAAUGCUGCCAGAACUUAAAAAAAGAAGUCACAAGGUUCUGGUUUUUUCACAAAUGACAAGCAUGUUGGACAUCUUGAUGGAUUAUUGCCAUCUUAGAAACUUUACCUUUAGCAGACUUGAUGGGUCCAUGUCUUAUUCGGAAAGAGAAAAAAAUAUAUACAGUUUCAACACGGAUCCAGAGGUUUUUCUUUUCUUAGUGAGUACACGAGCUGGUGGCUUAGGCAUUAAUUUGACUGCAGCAGAUACAGUGAUCAUUUAUGAUAGUGAUUGGAAUCCUCAGUCUGAUCUCCAGGCCCAAGAUAGAUGUCAUAGAAUUGGUCAGACAAAGCCAGUUGUUGUCUAUCGCCUUGUAACAGCAAAUACUAUUGACCAGAAAAUUGUGGAAAGAGCAGCUGCUAAAAGAAAGUUGGAGAAGCUGAUAAUCCAUAAAAAUCAUUUCAAAGGUGGUCAGUCUGGGUUAAGUCAAUCUAAGAAUUUCUUAGAUGCAAAGGAAUUAAUGGAGUUAUUAAAAUCUAGAGAUUAUGAAAGGGAAGUAAAAGGAUCCAGAGAGAAGGUCAUUAGUGAUGAAGAUCUAGAAUUGUUAUUAGAUCGAAGUGAUCUCAUUGAUCAAAUGAAGGCUUCAAGACCAAUUAAAGAGAAAACGGGGAUAUUCAAAAUACUAGAAAAUUCUGAAGAUUCCAGUGCUGAAUGUUUGUUUUAAAGGGAAGCAAAAUGGAUUUUAAAAACUUUUGUUUACAUCCAUUCUGGUAAUUUGCCUGUUGGCUUUGAAAUUCAUAUUGUUCACUUUACUUUUAUGAUUAUAUCAGUUAAUAUACUGUAACUAGUAUUAUUGCAUACUUGAUAAUUUCGUGGAUUUUAUUUAGUAUAAAAUUCCUGUAAAUUUAGAUUUUCAGUUAGUUUUUGGGACUGGGUAGUACUUUUGAGUUUUGUUAUUAUGUACUUAACCAUUGCCAAGUUUAUCAGUCUUCCUGUGGAAGUUUAGUAAGUGUCUCCCCCACCCCCUUUAGUAAUAUAAUUCAUGGGAUUUUUGACUUCAGUUAUGGAGCAGGCUUUUGGUAGGGGAGAGAUUGAUUGAAAUUGUACUUUCUGUUGCUGAAGUAAAGUUUUUGAGUUUUCAGUCAAUAAGAUGACUUAUCAAAUAAAUGUUUAUUGUAAUAUGAUCUGGUCACAUUAUUUUGUCAGAAAACUAAUGAUUUAGUUAAAAUAGUAAGGCUUAUUUAAUACUAGGAUUCAACAGUAUUGUAUGAACUGACUUCAUUGUUUUGUAAGGAUAUCAUAUAACAAUUUUGUAAGAAAAGUUCAAAGAAAAUGUAAGAUCUUGAUUUAAAAAAAAAA